UUUCGUGGGUGAGUGGCAACUUGUUUCCUGUUCGGACGAUCGCACUGCUGCUCUGUGGGAUGUCAGACAACUAAGUGAUCAUCAAGGGAGUCGUCCCUUGCACAGGUUCCAACAUGGACACAGGGGAUGGCUGAAGAAUGUCGAGUACCUGCCUAACUCUCAGACACUUAUUACGGCUGGAUUUGACAAUAUGAUCAAAGCGUGGCCUAUGCCUGAACUGAAAUACGAAACACAAAAUGGCGACUCGUCUGCAAGUGAUGAAAGAAGAAUGAGUGAACUUGUGUUGCGAGUAGAGCCUCUUUGUCGUAUGACCAUCACUCCUAAGCCAUCGCCAAUGUCGCCUAUUUUCCACCAACAUAGACAGAACUCAAAUGAACUGAAGAUGAUACUUACUACUGUCAAUGGUCAUGUGAUCAUAGUGCACAACUUAAAUGUGGAGACUUUGAAAAAAGAAGGCGUGAACAUUUUGUUGAAGCAUAUAACAGCAAAUUCUGAAUCAAAUGAUUCGUCAAAUGGACCUAUAAUUGUAAAGCGACGAAAUAUGCCGCCUAAUAGCAGAAUUGACUGUUCCAAUCGAGCCGGAAGCAUCAUUGAAGACUGUGAAAGUUUCCACGAGAAGCAAGAGAAUCAGAUCGAGGUGCUAUCUCCUUCUUCCAUUCUGCCGCCAACUGACCAAAAGGAGUCUAACUCGACUGAAACUUCAAGGAAAAGAAAGAUUGUUUUGGACUCCUUGAGUGGGCUGUGUGAUUGGUCAGUGAACAGUGUAGCCUGUCACCCAGAGUCCUUGUGUUGUGCCGUGCGGAUGAGCAGUCAUGUUCAGUCCCAACCAGAGCUGACUUGUGUAUUGGAUCUUGCUUCUCCUCCCUCGCCGUCAGAUUUGGUCCAUUUUACUUCAACUCGGGGUCAUCAAAGGUCAAUUGGAGAAAUCAAAGUGAGAGGAAGCGAAGAUGCAAUCAGAGGACUUGAUGCAACUGGUCCUAAGCAAUCUAAUUAUUCUUCCCAGAAGCGGCUGUUGUAUUGUACAGAAGAGACAAGUAACGGCGCCACUUUCAUCAAGGAGCUGGACUUCAGUCCAAAUGGAAGACUUCUCGUCUCUCCCUUUGGUUUCGGGUUCCGAUUGCUCGGAUUCACCCCAUCGAUGGGCGAACCAUUGGAUGUUUCUCAAAUGCAGUUCCCCUCUCCCCUCUACGAACUGAAGAGUGUAUUCUGUCACAAAAAGCCAGUCGUGGUUGCCAAAUUCAGUCCAACUCAGUUGUCAGUGGCGUCUGCAUGUCUAGAUGGAACAGUGGUUUUCUCACACCCAUUUGCCAGAAAGUGACAAACUCAUCAUUGAAAGACAGUUGCAAAAAUAUUUAAAAUGGUUAAAAUCACUAAAAAUGUGAUGUCUGCAUGUUAAAUUUUGGUAAUUUAAUUUGCCUUGAGUAAUUCAUAUUGAUUGAAGAGAAACGAGAAGAAAGAAGAACGAAAAUUUAUUUAUCCGAGAUCAAAAAAGUUGUUCGUAUAGAAGUCUUCUCCGCAUCAAUUCAGUUUGUAACUCUCUAUCAAUGAAAAAUGAUGAUAAGUGUUGAAACUGUUCAGAGGAAAUUGUUUAGUGCAAAUUAUG